AAGCCCGACGACUGGCUUAAUCCACUGGAACAGAACGGUUUCCUCGUUCAAUUCGUUUUCGGCUUUCAAAGCUGCAAGCCGUAUUUCCUUGUUCUUGUUACUUUGUUGUUUUUUCGCUAUUUCAAUUAAUAAUUGUCUAUUCAAGUUGUGUGUUUUGUGUUGAAUGUGUGUGGCGGAGCACCAGGUGCCCACCGGAAAGAGAAGGAACCGAGCAGAGAGCCCGAAGAUGAACGUCGGCCGGCGAGGAUUCAACCUAACCUCGCAAACACGCGCUCGCCAUUGCAGCGGAGAUCCAGGAAAUCGCCUGAAAAACGAUCCCACCAAUGGAUUCGCAUCCCGUAGAGCUGCUGCGCGCCACGUGGCCAUUAUCCCGCUGCUCCGACUUUUUGUCCUUGUUCUCCUUUGCGGUGCGACUGCUGCCGGCACGCCGGGAUCAGCGGACACGCGGUGCGAUGUUGGACAAUUCCGGUGCAGAGACGACGGCUGCAUCUUACAGGCGAAGAUGUGCGACGGACGCGGAGACUGCAAGGACGGCUCGGAUGAACUGGACUGCGACUACAAACUGUGCCGACCGCCUCAUUGGUUCCCGUGUGCCCAGCCACACGGAGCCUGCCUGGCAGCGGAACUAAUGUGCAACGGCAUCGACAACUGUCCCGGCGGCGAGGAUGAGCUCAACUGCCCGGUCCGCUCGGGAUUCCGUUUCGGAGACGUCCACCGCAAGCGCAACUGCAGCGACACUGAGUUCACUUGUCAGCAGGACCGCAGCUGCAUCCCGAUCGAGUUCAUGUGCGACGGACGGAAGGACUGUGUCGACAAUUCGGACGAGGUGGCCGGCUGCAAGCAGGUGGAGUCCACCUGCUCCUCUGCCGAGGGACAUCUCUGCUCCAAUGGAAGAUGCCUGCGACGAAAGCACUGGGUUUGCGAUGGCGUCGAUGAUUGUGGCGAUGGAAGCGAUGAAAAGGCAUGCGCGAACCUCUGCCAACCCGAGAUGGGAAAAUUCCUGUGUCGCAAUCGCGAAGCCUGUGUCCCGCUGACUGAAGUGUGCGAUGGCCACCGCGACUGUUCCGAUGGAAGCGACGAGUCGGAGAGCUGCACAUCGAAGCCGGAUUGCACGGUGAAGAAGUGCCCGCCAGGUGCCAAGUGCCAGAUGAUGCCCACCGGUGGAGCGGAGUGCCACUGUCCGUCGGGAUUCCGUCAGGCAAAGUUCGAGGACAAGUGCGAGGACAUUGACGAGUGCCAGGAGCGGGAUGAUCUGUGUAGCCAGAGCUGCGAGAACACCUCCGGCGGAUAUCGAUGCGUCUGUGAUGCGGGGUACCUGAUAACCAGCGAUAAUCGCACCUGUCGCGCCAAUGCGGAUCACCAGCCACUGCUGCUGUACACCACCCAAAUGACCGUGAUGGGAAUGCACCUGCGCGAGGACAACGUGAGAAACCAUGUCUUCCAGGUGGCCGGAAAUCUGAGCAAGGUCAUUGGCGUGGCCUACGAUGGCAGCCACAUCUACUGGACGAACAUCCAAAACGAGGCGGAGAGCAUUGUGAAGGCCAACAACGAUGGUUCGCAUGCAGAGAUCCUACUCACCUCCGGAUUGGAUGCCCCCGAAGACCUGGCAGUGGAUUGGCUAACGCAGAAUAUUUACUUUUCCGAUAAUAUAAUGCGACACAUUGCCGUGUGCUCGAACGAUGGCCUCCACUGUGCCGUGUUGGUCACGCAGGAUGUCCACCAGCCGCGUUCCCUGGCCUUGUGGCCCCAGCGGGGUCUGAUGUUCUGGACGGAUUGGGGUGCCAGGCCCAUGAUUGGCCGUGCCUCCAUGGAUGGCAGUCGAUCGCGUCCGAUUGUGAGUGACAAUAUCCAUUGGCCGAAUGGCAUUGCAUUGGAUAUGCACCAGCAGAGGAUCUACUGGGUGGACGCCAAGUUGGGCAGUGUGCAAACGGUUCGGCCCGAUGGCACUGGUCGUCGCACAGUUCUGGAUGGGAUGCUGAAGCACCCGUACGGCCUGGCCAUCUUCGAGGAUCAGCUGUACUGGUCGGAUUGGGCGACGAAGAGCCUGCAUGCCUGCCACAAGUUCUCCGGCAAGGGUCAUCGCGUUCUGGCCAAGGAUCGAACCAUUUACGCUGUGCACAUCUAUCACCCGGCCAAACAGCCGUAUUCCGAUCAUGGUUGUGCGAAGGCCAGGUGCUCCCAUCUCUGUCUCCUGGCCGAACCGGAUGCCGGUGGCUUCAGUUGCGCCUGUCCGGAGGGAAUGGUGCUGUCGGCGGAUCAGCAGCGCUGCACGUUGACCGAGAAGCGCCAGCGAUUGUUUGUGGGUCUGGCACAAGUGCUGCUGGAGAUCGAGCACACCGCUUUCGGACGCCAUGUGGUGAGCAAAUCGCACACGCUUCCCUGUUCCAUCCACGAAAUGGUCUACAAUCGCAUCAAUGGCAGCCUCAUCAUAGCGGAUAAUGAUCAGCGUCUGAUCCUGGAGUAUCAGCCGGAGGAGCACGAGACCAGCGUGCUGGUGCGCUCGAAUCUGGGAAAUGUGAGCGCCUUGGCCUUCGAUCAUCUCAGCCGCAACUUGUACUGGGCGGACGUGGAGCGGGGUGUGAUCGAGCUGCUCUCCCUGCAGACGCGUCAUCGUGCGCUGAUCCGCUUCUUCCCUGGUCAAGAGUGGCCCAUUGGACUGAGCGUCAUGCCGGCGGAGGGUUAUCUUUAUGUGGUGCUGAAGGCUCGAAGGCACACGCACAUCGACAGGAUUCCGCUGAGCGGAAAGGGAGAGCAGGUGCACGUAUUCGAGGACGAUUUGGGCGAUGAUGACAUCAAGCUGGCCGCCGAUUACGAGACGCACACGCUCUUCUGGUCGGACAGCGAUCUGGGCAGGAUCAGCUACUCAGACUACAGGCAGUCGCAGAUGCAAACCUUCCGGGGGAAACUGAGGAAGCCGUACAGCUUGGCUCUCGUCCAGCAGGAUCUUUUCUGGAGCGAACUAGGCUCACCGGGGAUUUACUGGACGCACAAGAGCAACAUGGGUCCGCGCAAGCGGAUUGACAUAGAGGCGAAGGGUGAUCCUGGUGCCAUUGUACCUAGUGUUCCCAUCGCCGCACCGCGUAGGAUUCCGCUGGCCUCCAGUUCGCCCGUCAGCCGGGAAUCGCAUCCCUGCCAGCAGCAAAACGGUGGCUGUUCCCAUAUCUGCGUGGGCGAAGGUCCCAUCCACGCCAUCUGCUUGUGUCCAGCCGGAUUUGUGUAUCGGGAUGCGGGCAAUCGCACCUGUGUGGAGGCUUUGGACUGCGAGUUCCGUUGCCGCAGCGGCGAAUGUCUGACGAUGCCGCAUCGCUGCAAUGGACGCCGCGAUUGUGUGGACAACUCGGAUGAGAUGGACUGCGACGAGGAGCACCGUCGGAAGACGAAGGUUUCCUGCUCGCCCAAGCAGUUCGCCUGCCACAGUGGCGAUCAGUGCGUGGACAAGGAGCGUCGCUGCGACGAGCGGAAGGAUUGCCACGAUCAGUCGGACGAGCUGCACUGCGAGUUGUUCGACAAAACGAAGAAGUGCCAUGUCCACCAGCAUGCCUGCGACAAUGGAAAGUGCGUGGACUCCAGUCUGGUGUGCGAUGGCACCAACGACUGCGGCGACAACUCCGACGAGACGAUGUGUGAUGCAUCCGCGGCCUGCGAGACAGGGAUGUUCCAGUGCAGCAGCGGGUCCUGCAUUGCGGGCAGCUGGGAGUGCGACGGACGGAUCGACUGCAGCGACGGAUCGGAUGAGCACGACAAGUGCAGCCAUCGCAGCUGUCCGCCGGACAUGCACCGCUGUCUGUUGGGUCAGUGCUUGGACCGGAGUCUGGUGUGCGAUGGCCACAACGAUUGCGGCGAUCGAUCGGACGAACUGAACUGCGGACCCGGUUCAUCAGCAGUGAAUAUAUCCUGCACCGAAGAUCAGUACCAGUGCACCAGCAACCUGAAGAUCUGUCUGCCGUCCGCUGUUCGAUGCAACGGAACCGCGGAGUGUCCGCGUGGCGAGGAUGAAGCCGAUUGCGGCGACGUGUGCAACAUCAACGAGUUCAAGUGCCGAUCCGGUGGGCAGUGCAUCCGCAGGGACUUCCGCUGCGACGGCGAACGGGAUUGCAGCGAUGGCAGCGAUGAGGUGAACUGCGAACAGGAGAAGGGCAGCCACAACCAGAGUCAGAUUCAACCGUGGGCCACUUCGAGGCGCGCUUGUCGGCCGCAUUUGUACGAUUGCCACGAUGGCGAGUGCGUGGACAUGUCGCGGGUGUGCAACAACUUUCCGGACUGUUCCAACGGACGCGACGAGGGACCCCAGUGCGCCACGGCCUGCCGAUCCGCAGCCGGUCGGCAGGUGUGCCAGCACAAGUGUCGAGCCACUCCUGCCGGCGCCGUGUGCUCCUGCUUCGAUGGCUAUCGCUUGGACGCGGAUCAGAGGAGUUGCUCGGACAUUGACGAGUGCCAGGAGCAGCAGCCGUGUGCCCAGCUGUGCGAGAACACUCUCGGUGGCUAUCAAUGCCAGUGCCAUGCGGACUUCAUGCUGCGCCAGGAUCGCGUCAGCUGCAAGAGUCUUCAAGCGGGCGCCACUCUGCUCUUCAGCAGCUUCAACGAAGUGAGGAACCUCAGCGAACAGCCCGUGAUGCUCAGUGUUGCCUGGUCAGCGAAUGAUUCGAAGAUCUCCGGCUUCGAUGUGGAUAUGGAGCGGCAAAUGGGUUACUUCUCCGCCGAGGAAGAGAGCAUCGUAUACCAAUUCGAUUUGCAAAAGAAGCACGUAGUGCGCGCCUUGGCUCUGUCUACUCCCACGAAAGUCUCGCUGGAUUGGGCCACUGGCAAUGUGUAUGUGGUGGCUGCAGCCGGUCAGGAGAUCCAGGCCUGCAACUUUGAUUCGCGCAUGUGCGGCAGAGUGCUGCACGUGAAGAAUCCCAAGCACAUCAAGCACCUAACUGUGGAUGGCUACCACGCAAAGCUCUUUUAUUUGGCGAUACACACGGAGGGCUUUGGCCAGACGAGUUCGGAGAUUCACAUGGCCCGGUUGGAUGGCAGUCGCAAGGAUAUGCUGAUGCAGCGGAGUGAGAGCUACAUGACCGCCGUGGCCAUCGAUCCGCAUCAGCAGAUGUUGUACUUCGUCGACCUGCACACACGCACGCUGGAGAGGAUCAGCUAUAGGUUCAAGAUGGGACCGCUGCGCCGACCGCAGAUAAUGCUGCAGAAGUCCAAUGCGUUGAUGCAUCCCUCAGGAUUGAGCGUGUUCGAGAACAAUGCGUACAUCGUGAACCUCGGCUCCAUUGAAGCGGUGCAGUGUGCUCUGUAUGGAACGCGUGCCUGCAAGAAGAUCAACUUGAAUGUGCUGAACGCCCAGGACAUUGUGGUGGCAGGAAGAUCGCGCCAUCCGCAGCCGGCGUCGCAUCCUUGCGUGCAUGCCCACUGCCACGGAUUGUGCCUACAGGCCGAUUACGGAUACGAGUGCAUGUGCGGCAAUCGCGUGGUGGCCGAGGGCGAACGGUGUCCCCAUGGCUCCGGCAACGAGGUGGCCGUGGGUUCGCCGAACAGCCUGGAACUGGAGCAACAGCCGUCUGGCAGCCACUGGCUAAUGGCGCUGGUUGUACUGAUUAGCGGAUGUUUGGUGGCGGGACUCGGGUACUUGUACUAUCAGUACCGGAAGCGCGGCCACACGGAUCUCAACAUUACCCUGCAUUUCCAGAAUCCGUUGGCGACGCUCGGCGGCACCAAGGCCUUCUUGGAGCACGAACGUGCCCAGGCCGGUGGUGAUUCCGGCCAGGAAUCGGGAUCGGGUACGGGAACCAGUCAUGGCAGCAACGAAACCUUCACCACGAACAGCAUGGCGUCCUCGAAUUCCCGCCUGCCGAAUGCCCUGCAAAGAUUACUCCGAUCGCGUCAGUCGUCCACCGAUCCGAUGGCUCAAGAACUGCUUCUCGAGAGCCCCAGAGAAAGCAGCCACCUACACGCGAUGGACGGAGGACGGCAAGGAGGCGGAGGCAGUCGGCAGGUGCCGGACAUCCUGGUGGCAGAUUUUGACGACGAUUCAGCCGCGCACCCAGCUGGACAGUUCGGGGGAAGUCACUCAGUCAUGGAUGCGAAUGCACGACUUGUGCCGUAAAUAAAAGGGAAAUCCUAGCUGGAGAACUGGAGACUAGUUAUAGAUGUUAAGUGUUAGAUGGUUUCUGUUACUUUUCAUUGUAUUUAUUAUAGCUCUGUAGUUAUUUUCGCAUUUAAAUGUUACUCGGUGAUUGGUGUUGAUUUAUAAAGCUGAUUUAUUUCAAUUUUUCACAAAUAUUAAAAUAAUAAACAAAAAAAAAAAAAAAAAAAGAAUUUUAAAAGGCAA